AUGGCACCUUCAGUUGCAGAUGCUGUCGCAGCUCUUGAUGAAAUCAAACCGCCUCAAGGGGUGGUACUACCACCAAAAGAAAUCAAAGCUAUCCUCGAAAAGACUGCAGGCUAUGUAGCGCGAAAUGGUAUCAAUUUUGAAGAUCGCAUCAGAGAAAAAGAAAGAUCCAAUCCUAAAUUCUCCUUCCUUAGCACCAAUGAUUCAUACAAUGCAUACUACUUAUGGCGUCUCAGCGAGAUUAAGGAAGGCAGAGGAACCGCCGUUGCAGCGGGCAGAGCUGGAGAGGCGCUCGCCGAAGUAGAGAAACCUCAAGGGCCUCCUAAACCACCAGACUUCCAUUACUCAGCGCGCAUGCCGAACAUCAGUGCACAGGAUCUCGAAGUAGUCCGCUUAACUGCAUUAUUCGUGGCGAAGAAUGGUAGACAAUUCAUGACGACAUUAUCUCAGAGAGAGACGGGGAAUUAUCAGUUCGACUUUUUAAGACCCAAUCACAGCUUGCACAACUUCUUCCAGCGAUUGAUCGAUCAAUAUACCAUGUUAUUGCGAGCAAGUGGUAUAGAUGGAGAAGGUGGAAAGCAGCAACAAGAGAGGAUAAAGGAGUUACAAGCCACUGUAGACGAUAAAUUUCACGUUUUAGACAGAGCCAAGCAGAGAGCAGAGUGGUUCAAAUUCCAAGACGAGCAAAAGCAGAAGAAGGAAGAGGAGGUCGAGAAGGAGAAGCUCUCAUAUGCACAAAUUGAUUGGCACGAUUUUGUCGUGGUAGAGACUGUUAUCUUCACCGAGGCCGACGACCAGACGAACUUACCUCCACCAACGUCACUCAACGAGCUGCAAUUUGCCUCUCUGGACCAAAAAGCACAAAUGUCAAUUAACUCAACACACAUGCGCAUUGAAGAAGCCAUGCCUGGAGACGAUGGUAUAUUCGACGGAUCAUAUGCACAACAACAAUACAACAUGGCUCCACCCCCAGUACCGCAACCAUCAUAUCAACCACAAUACCAAGAUCCUCGCCAGAUAAACAACGAAGAUGAGGAUGAAGAAGAGCAGAGAAUACGGGAGCGAACGGAGGCUAGAGCUCGUGCUCAACAAGCACAGGCUGAAGCUAAGGGAGGUGCUGCACCUAUGAGGAUAAAGGAGAACUACGUUCCCAGAGCUGUCGCAAGAGCUGCCAACAAGCAGCAAAUGGCUCUUUGUCCGAACUGUAAUCAACAGAUUCCUUAUGAUGAGCUCGAUGCUCAUAUGAGAAUUGAAUUGCUUGAUCCUAGAUGGAAGGAACAGAAAGCAAAAGCAGAGAGCCGUUAUGCAACAACUAAUCUUUCAACUCAAGAUGUAGCCAACAACCUCAAACGCUUAGCAAGUCAAAGAAGUGACAUAUUCGAUGGAGUCACAGGCCAGCCCAUCUCAGAAGAAGAAGCCGCUCGAAGGAAGAAGGCGGCGAAUGGCUACGACGGUACUCCUUUGGAUAAGACAGACCGGGCACGAUAUGAAAUGAUGCAAAAUGUUAACGUCGAAGAGCAGAUUCGGGCAAUCCAUCAGAAAUUUGGUGAUCGGAAAUAG